GUGCCACGGGCCGUCAUGGUGGACUUGGAGCCCACUGUGGUAGAUGAAGUUCGGGCUGGCGCUUUCCGGGAGCUUUUUCACCCAGAACAGCUGAUCACUGGAAAGGAGGAUGCAGCCAAUAAUUAUGCCCGUGGCCACUACACCAUUGGCAAGGAAAGCAUUGACAUGGUGCUGGAUCGUGUCCGUAAGCUGACCGAUGCCUGCUCUGGGCUGCAAGGAUUCCUGAUCUUCCACAGCUUUGGUGGCGGUACGGGCUCUGGAUUCACCUCCCUGCUGAUGGAGCGCCUCUCCGUGGAUUACGGCAAGAAGUCCAAACUGGAGUUUGCCAUCUACCCAGCCCCUCAGGUCUCCACUGCCGUGGUGGAGCCCUACAACUCCAUCCUGACCACGCACACCACGCUGGAGCACUCGGACUGCGCCUUCAUGGUGGACAACGAGGCCAUCUACGACAUCUGCCGCCGCAACCUGGCCAUCGAGCGCCCCACCUACACCAACCUGAACCGCCUCAUCAGCCAGAUCGUGUCCUCCAUCACGGCCUCGCUGCGCUUCGACGGCGCCCUCAACGUGGACCUGACCGAGUUCCAGACCAACCUGGUGCCCUACCCGCGCAUCCACUUCCCGCUGGUGACCUACGCGCCCAUCAUCUCCUGCGAGCGCGCGCACCACGAGCAGCUCUCCGUGGCCGAGAUCACCAACGCCUGCUUCGAGCCCAACAACCAGAUGGUCAAGUGUGACCCCAGGCACGGCAAGUACAUGGCCUGCUGCAUGCUCUACCGCGGGGACGUGGUGCCCAAGGACGUCAACGUGGCCAUCGCUGCCAUCAAGACCAAGAGAAGCAUCCAGUUUGUCGACUGGUGCCCAACAGGCUUCAAGGUUGGGAUCAACUACCAGCCCCCUACGGUUGUCCCUGGAGGGGACCUGGCGCAGGUGCAGCGGGCAGUGUGCAUGCUGAGCAACACCACGGCCAUCGCCGAGGCCUGGGCGCGGCUGGACCACAAGUUCGACCUGAUGUACGCCAAGAGAGCCUUCGUGCACUGGUACGUGGGAGAAGGCAUGGAGGAGGGAGAGUUUGCAGAGGCCAGGGAGGACCUGGCUGCCCUGGAGAAGGACUAUGAAGAAGUGGGAACUGACUCAUUCGAAGAAGAGAAUGAUGGGGAGUAA